UGGAACUUUUUGAUCUUGAUAACUGACAAAGGAUUUUGACAUUCUUUUCCUGUAUUUUUUUAAAUUAUCAUUUUCUUACUUAUUUUAAUAGAAAGGUUUUUAGACUGCAGAAUUAUCAAAAACUACACUGAAGAUGCUGUCCCAGGAGAGGCUGUCUGAGUUUGCUAGCUUAGAAAGCCAGAAUGAAGAACAGUCUUGGCUUACUAUACCUGACAGGACCAGUAAGGGUACUGUAGGAUUACUGAACCCACUGAAAAGGAUACUUUGCUCCCAUUCCAGGUCUCUGGCUUUCCAGGCAGAUACAAUGGAGAAAAAAAAGGACAUCGGAAGUGACAAAGCCCACAGGUUCAAGGUCCACACAUUCCAAAUGCCAUCCAGUUGUGGAAUCUGUUCUGGUUUUAUGUGGGAUUUCAUCACUUCUGGAGUAAAAUGCAAAGAUUGUGGUAUAAAAAUCCAUAAACAAUGUGCCAAAUUGUUAAACGGUAAUUGUGAGCCACGUUCCAGAAGCAUACGGCCAGUAUAUGGUUGUAAUCUUGUCAAAGAGGUGAAAGCAUGCGGAAAACAAUGCCCCACUGUGCUGGAGAUUUGUAUUCAAGAGAUUGAAGCCAGAGGGCUACACUGUGAAGGUCUCUACCGCAUCUCUGGGUCCAGUGAUCAGAUACAAGUCAUGAAAAUGACAUUUGUUACAGGUGCCAUCAGUGUGGAGCAAGCUGUUCAGUCCUGCAAAGAUACCCAUGUCAUCACAGGAGCAAUGAAGCUGUAUAUAAGGGACCUGCCUUCCCCAUUAAUUCCAGAUGGCACAUACAAUUAUUUUACUUUGGCUUCUCGACUUGCCAAUUCUGGAGACAAACUGAAAGGUCUGUGGUCAGCAUUAAGACUCCUUCCUCCUUCCCAUUUUGAGAGCCUUCACUGCCUUGUAGCACACUUAAAGAGGGUUACUGAUCAUAAAGAGGUCAACCGGAUGAAUGCGGAGAAUCUAGGAAUGAUAUUUGGACCAACUCUCAUGCAAACUCCAAGUAUCAACCCAGUCGAUGUACUGAAUGACAUAACUCUCCAGGGACUUGUGGUCCAGCUGCUAAUCCAGCAUGAAGAUGUUCUUUUCUAGGAAUUAGGAAAAUAAGCUUCUGGGAUGCAAGUGUCCCUGUUAGGCUUCCUUUGAUUAAGUACUUAUAAUAAAAGAGUGGAAUCUAGCAAUGCUAAUGGCCAGUUUGAAAACUCCCAUAAGUCAUGCUUAACUCUAUUUUUUUUGUACAAUUCUUAUACAAGAAUGUAAGGUAGCAUUUUAUUUGACACUUAUAUAUAAGCCCUGCACCAUAAGAAAAUAUGUUAAAGGACUGCAAAAGUACUCAUAAAUCAUAAUUAUAUGCCAUAGAAUAUCUAGAAUGUGCAUGAAUGAAGAAACCUGUACCUUGCCAUGUAAUGCCAGAUUUACUGAAAAACACUGAAUUUAGGGAGUUGAAGGAAAUGCCAAAGUACAAUAUCAUUACAUUCGGUAUGGCCUUAUUUAUUAUAUAAGGUGUGUUAUUUUAAAAUGUGGUGUUAUGUGAAAGCAGCAGUAUUAUUUCAGAUAGCUUGCAUAUUUUUCUGUGCAGACUUAAAGGUAAAAAACAAAUUUGACCAGUCACACCAGACUGCCUUAAAAUAUGAACUUCUACAGGCUUAGAUAUUCUGUUUUGUAUCUCAAGCUGCAGAGCAACAUUUUAACGCAUAACAUAAAAAGAAAACAAAAAUAUCCUUAGUUUCUUUGCUUCCUUAACUGAACUAUCAUUUCUUCAUCUAAUUAUGACACUAAUUCAGGUUUAAUUUCUCAAAGUCUUUUUAGCUUCUAAUACUAUGAUAAGAAUGGACCCCAUUCCUAAGUCAAAGUAUGAUUAAAGUUCAUGAAACUAGUAUUGUUUCAGUCUUUGAUGUUUUCCAAAAGUGCUCUUCACAGCACCCACAAUGUGUCCUGAAUUUAUUAACUCUGCAGGUCAUAAAAAGUUAUAUGUAUUGGUAGCAUAUGCAAAUAUGACUGUAAAUGUUUUAUGAGACCCAUUGCUCCUAAUACUAGUAGGACUGUCUGGGUAUCCUUCUUCCGCACUGCCCUCAUUUCUGCCUCCAGAUAUUAGUAUUUUAUCACUUUGUGUCUGUACAUAAGACAGUGUAGUCACUGGGUGUAGCAAUUUCAUGGAUCAAUGCUACUUUUGUCUUCUUUUCAUGGACUACUAUAUCUGGUUUUCUAGCAUCUAUUUUUUCAGCUGUUGGUAAUGGGAGAUCUUGCGAUAUAAAUAUCAUCAUUCUCUGAGAUGCUUUGUGGUUCAUGUUUUCAAUGCUUCUCACCUACUUCAGUGUUGUAAUGAUUGCAUAAUCCUUAAUGCAACAGUCUUGCCACAUUAUUAUUCCUUUCAAUAUACAGGCCCUCUGU